GUGCGUCGUAACGAAACUUCUAAAAAUAAUUCUUUAUUAUUUGACAAAAUCUGUAAAGAUAGCAUCAUUCUUGGUAUAAAUAAUGACGACCCAGAUUUCACGAAACGUAAACAAUUUCUCUUACAAGAUAAUGAUUGGGCAUGUGUUGAAUUUACUUGAAUUUACGAAACAAUGAAUGUACAGCGAACAUGAGCCACAUGACUAGCCCAAGUUCAAGGUCGAUAUCUCCAAGUGUUAAUAAAUCGAACUCGUCGCCAUUGACACAAAAUACUACGUUUAAGCGAUCUGUUGACGAAGAAUCAUUAGAAUGGCAUCAAUUCUUGACAAAUCAAAAUGAUAUCAGCUCAAAACCAGAACACGAAUGGCAAAACAAAUCAUCCAUAUCCUCAGACAUGAUAACAAAAACGGCAUUGCAUUGUGCCGCACCUAAAUCAGUGACUGCAUCAAAUAUUGAAUGGAACAAAUUUAUACAAGGUCCUGAUGAUAAAACCAUAACUUUUGAUUCAAAUCAUAGCCCUUAUUUUAGUUCUGCGAGAUAUUUUAAUGAUGAGGUGACUAAUCAUAAAGACGAUUCAGAAUCAUCAACGAUUAAGUUCUCAGGUAUUACAAUGGCAAAUUUUUCAAAAGCGACUCAAGACUAUUCAAUUGACAAAAAGGAUUUAAAAGAACCUCUUAGAAUAAGCUCAAAGAUGACAAUGAAUCAGGAUAUAGUUAAACGCGUACAUGAUCUCGAACUUAAAAAUGCUCGAUUUCAAAUAGAAAUAAAUUUUCUCAAAAAUGAUAUUAAAUGGCUAAUGAAAUUAUUAAAGAAAAAACAUCAGAUAGAAAGAGAUAAUUAAUCCAACAGAUACUGUAUUAUCGUAUGUCACCCGAAAAGAAAAAACGGCAAAUAAUACGUUAUCUGUUGAGGCAUUUAACUAACAACCAUCAAUUCUUGAAUUUAUUCAUGGAUGAAAGCUAUCCGUGUUUCUCUUUGGGUUGCACUGCAGGACAUGCAAUAUAUUACUCGCAGGAUUGACAGAAGUAAUUGGGUGAUGAAAAAUAAUUAUAUACAUUAGUGUAUUACAACGAACUAAUUUCGAUUAAUUGGACUUAAAUAAAAUCAUGUUGGCAUGUGUUAUUAUAAAUGUUAGAAAACAGUUUUACUAUGUUCUAACCCCGUUGGUUUUUCAUUUUGCUCAUUUGUUAACAUAAGCGUGUGAAAUAAU